AUGUGCCACACCAGCUGCUCCUCGUGCUGCCAGCCAGCCUGCUGUGUGUCCAGCCCCUGCCAGACUGCCUGCUGCGUGCCUCCCUCCUGCCAGGCCUCUGUGUGUGUUCCCAUGAGUUGUAGGCCUGCCGUGUGUGUGGUUCCCUCCUGCCAGUCCUCCCUGUGCCUCCCCAUGAACUGCGGGCCCUCGCUGUGCUUGAUCCCCUCCUGCCAGUCCUCGGGCUGUUGCCAGCCCUCCUGCCCCACCCUCCUGUGCAACCCUGUGUCCUGUGGCACCUCCUCCUGCUGCACCUCCUCCUGCUGA